AUGGACUCCGACAGAGAGGAUAGUCAUGACCAUCCAGAAGCCAAAGAUUCACCAGUAAACAACAAAAGACGGUCUCCCCCCUCAGACAGGCCUCCUUUUGGCCCUCAUCUGACUCACCACCACAACAUCUCGACAGAUGAACAAGACAGUCCAGAGAGAAUUAUUCAGAAGGAAAAGCUUCAUGCUGAAUUGAAACGAGUUUUGAGUGAGAAGAGAAGCCAUCUCAGAGAAACCCAUUCUACCCUUACUGACAUGGAUGAAAACUCCAAGAAAGACAGCAAGAAUGAGGAGGAGAAGGAUAGGCAUUUGUCAGAGUUUGUGGAAGUAGUUGUUGAAACACAACCCGAGUUUGGAGCAAGUGGAUACAGUGUGGUUGGUGGAGGGGAGCAAGGCAUCUUUAUCAAAGAGGUCCUGAAAGACUCCCCUGCAGCCAAGCACCUCAGCCUACAAAAAGGUGAUCAACUGCUAAGUGCCAAGGUUUAUUUUGAUAAUGUGAAAUAUGAGGACGCAUUAAAAAUUCUCCAGUGUGCAGAACCCUACAAAGUGUCAUUUCUUCUAAAGAGAACUGUGCCAGGAGGUGACAUCAGCAUACACCCAGUUGCACAAAAUCUAGAGCUCAGAGGUCCAAAAGUCAAGAUGCAAAGAAUGAAUGUCAAAAGUGUGAAACCGUUUAAAGCCAAGAGAAAGAGAGGUGGACGAUUUGGAUUAAAAAGACUGAAAGAGAACAAAAACGCAAAAGCAGAGUUGGACAUUGAAGAUUCACCUGGCAGAUCAGACUUUGGUCCUGUUGAUGUUGAGUUUGACUUCCCAAAGAUCAAGAUGAGAAAAGGUGUGAAAGGAACUGUAGAUGGAUCAGGGCAGCUGGAGGGUUUGACCGCUAGUACUAGGAACAAGAGGAAUAUCAGAUUUCCAAAGAUGAAAGUAAAGGAUGCUUCUGUAGGUGAAGGGAAUGUCAAUAUAGAUGUUUCAGCAUAUGAGGGUUGUGCAGAGAGCUCUGGAGCAAAGCUGAAGGACAAGGGAAAAGGUCCAAAAUUAGGAAUGAAUUUACCCAAAAUUAAAACGUCAAAAUUAGAUGUUCAGUCUUCAAAUGGCAACUUUGAGGUAAAAGAACCAAAGGCCCAAAUAAAGCUUCCAUCAACAGAGUCGGAUCUUAGUGUUGGAGAUGAGGUGGAUGGAUACAUGGUCAAAGACCCUAAAAUUUCUCUCCCCAAACUUGAUAUUGCAGUCCCCAAGACAGAAACAUCAGAUGUAAACAUUAGUCUUCCUAAAUUAGAUGUUUCAUUACCAAAGGUGACUUCAAAAAACAUUGAUACUGAGGGACAUGCAAGUACAGGAGUAAAAUUGGAGAUGCCAAAACUGGACAUCGAAACUAGUCUAGAUAUUGAGGGCCACUCUGGCAUAGGUGGAAAGUUCAACAUGCCUAAAGUCAGUGUCUCUCCACCUACUGUAAAGUUACUUGAGAAAGACAAUACAAAGGGAUCUGAAGUAACAGCUGGAAAAUUUGGUAUGCCUUCAGUUGAAAUGUCACUUCCUGAAGGCAAGGCAGAGGGAAAUGUAGAAGUAGUAUAUCCAUCUGGUAAAAUAGGCAAGUUCAAAUUAUCUGGGGCUGAUGCUUUCUUGCCCAAAACAAAAUCAGCACAGGGUGACAUCAGUUUUGAAGGGCCUGACAUGAAAAGAUUCAGCACACCAUCUGUUGAAAUUUCAUUACCAAAAGUAAAAGGCACAAGCGAGGUUGAUGUCAACAAACAUUUAGAAAAAACUGGAGAAUUUGAUGUACCAAAACUGGAUAUGAAUGUGCCAAAUAUUGAAUCAACCAAAAGAGAAAUCCAUAUAGAAGCCAAAACAAGAAGGAAGUUUCAAAUACCCCAAGUAGACCUUUCACUUCCAAGGAUUAAAGCAAAAAAGGUGGAAAUCAAUGUUGAAGGACCUGAUAUCAAAAGUGGAAAGAUUUGCAUGCCUUCUAGAGACAUCUCUUUAUCAGGAGGAGGAGUGGGAGCAGAUGUAGAUGUUAAGGGAAAAGGAGGAAAAGUUGAAGUGCCUAAGAUAGACGUUUCCUUACCUGAACUAAAAUCUCCAGGUGGGGAAAUCAAUGUUGAAGGUCCUGAUAUCAAGGGUGGAAAGUUUCACAUGCCUUCAUUAGAUAUCUCACUACCAAAAGGAGGAGCAGGAGCAGAUGUAGAUGUUAAAGGAAAAGGAGGAAAAUUUGAAAUGCCUAAGAUAGACGUUUCCUUGCCAAAACUGAAAUCUCCAAGUGGUGAAAUCAAUGUUGAAGGUCCUGAUAUCAAAGGUGGAAAGUUUCACAUGCCCUCUUUAGAUAUCUCACUACCAAAAGGAGCAGCAGGAGCAGAUAUAGAUGUUAAAGGAAAAGGAGGAAAAUUUGAAAUGCCUAAAUUAGACGUUUCCUUACCUAAACUGAAAUCUCCAAGUGGUGAAAUCAACGUUGAAGGUCCUGAUAUCAAAGGUGGAAAGUUUCACAUGCCCUCUUUAGAUAUCUCACUACCAAAAGGAGGAGCAGGAGCAGAUGUAGAUGUUAAAGGAAAAGGAGGAAAAUUUGAAAUGCCUAAGAUAGACGUUUCCUUACCUAAACUGAAAUCUCCGGAAGCUGAAAUUAAUGUUGAAGGUCCUGAUAUCAAAGGUGGAAAGUUUCACAUGCCUUCAUUAGAUAUCUCACUACCAAAAGGAGGAGCAGGAGCAGAUAUAGAUGUUAAAGGAAAAGGAGGAAAAUUUGAAAUGCCUAAAUUAGACGUUUCCUUACCUAAACUGAAAUCUCCAAGUGGUGAAAUCAACGUUGAAGGUCCUGAUAUCAAAGGUGGAAAGUUUCACAUGCCCUCUUUAGAUAUCUCACUACCAAAAGGUGGAGCAGGAGCAGAUGUAGAUGUUAAAGGAAAAGGAGGAAAAUUUGAAAUGCCUAAGAUAGAUGUUUCCUUGCCAAAACUGAAAUCUCCGGAAGCUGAAAUUAAUGUUGAAGGUCCUGAUAUCAAAGGUGGAAAGUUUCACAUGCCUUCAUUAGAUAUCUCACUACCAAAAGGAGGAGCAGGAGCAGAUGUAGAUGUUAAAGGAAAAGGAGGAAAAUUUGAAAUGCCUAAGGUAGACGUUUCCUUGCCAAAACUAAAAUCUCCAAGUGGUGAAAUCAACGUUGAAGGUCCUGAUAUCAAAGGUGGAAAGUUUCACAUGCCUUCAUUAGAUAUCUCACUACCAAAAGGAGGAGCAGGAGCAGAUGUAGAUGUUAAAGGAAAAGGAGGAAAAUUUGAAAUGCCUAAGAUAGACGUUUCCUUGCCAAAAUUGAAACUCCCGGAAGCUGAAAUUAAUGUUGAAGGUCCUGAUAUCAAAGGUGGAAAGUUUCACAUGCCCUCUUUAGAUAUCUCACUACCAAAAGGAGGAGCAGGAGCAGAUGUAGAUGUUAAAGGAGGGAAAUUUGAAAUGCCUAAGAUAGACGUUUCCUUGCCAAAACUGAAAUCUCCGGAAGCUGAAAUUAAUGUUGAAGGUCCUGAUAUCAAAGGUGGAAAGUUUCACAUGCCUUCAUUAGAUAUCUCACUACCAAAAGGAGGAGCAGGAGCAGAUGUAGAUGUUAAAGGAAAAGGAGGAAAAUUUGAAAUGCCUAAGAUAGAUGUUUCCUUGCCAAAACUAAAAUCUCCAAGUGGUGAAAUCAACGUUGAAGGUCCUGAUAUCAAAGGUGGAAAGUUUCACAUGCCCUCUUUAGAUAUCUCACUACCAAAAGGAGGAGCAGGAGCAGAUGUAGAUGUUAAAGGAAAAGGAGGAAAAUUUGAAAUGCCUAAGAUAGAUGUUUCCUUGCCAAAACUGAAAUCUCCGGAAGCUGAAAUUAAUGUUGAAGGUCCUGAUAUCAAAGGUGGAAAGUUUCACAUGCCUUCAUUAGAUAUCUCACUACCAAAAGGAGGAGCAGGAGCAGAUGUAGAUGUUAAAGGAGGAAAAUUUGAAAUGCCUAAGAUAGAUGUUUCCUUGCCAAAACUAAAAUCUCCAAGUGGUGAAAUCAACGUUGAAGGUCCUGAUAUCAAAGGAGGAAAAUUUGAAAUGCCUAAGAUAGAUGUUUCCUUGCCAAAACUGAAAUCUCCAAGUGGUGAAAUCAACGUUGAAGGUCCUGAUAUCAAAGGUGGAAAGUUUCACAUGCCUUCAUUAGAUAUCUCACUACCAAAAGGAGGAGCAGGAGCAGAUGUAGAUGUUAAAGGAAAAGGAGGAAAAUUUGAAAUGCCUAAGAUAGACAUUUCCUUGCCAAAACUGAAAUCUCCAGAAGCUGAAAUUAAUGUUGAAGGUCCUGAUAUCAAAGGUGGAAAGUUUCACAUGCCUUCAUUAGAUAUCUCACUACCAAAAGGAGGAGCAGGAGCAGAUGUAGAUGUUAAAGGAGGAAAAUUUGAAAUGCCUAAGAUAGAUGUUUCCUUGCCAAAACUAAAAUCUCCAAGUGGUGAAAUCAACGUUGAAGGUCCUGAUAUCAAAGGUGGAAAGUUUCACAUGCCCUCUUUAGAUAUCUCACUACCAAAAGGAGGAGCAGGAGCAGAUGUAGAUGUUAAAGGAAAAGGAGGAAAAUUUGAAAUGCCUAAGAUAGAUGUUUCCUUGCCAAAACUGAAAUCUCCAAGUGGUGAAAUCAACGUUGAAGGUCCUGAUAUCAAAGGUGGAAAGUUUCACAUGCCCUCUUUAGAUAUCUCACUACCAAAAGGAGGAGCAGGAGCAGAUGUAGAUGUUAAAGGAAAAGGAGGAAAAUUUGAAAUGCCUAAGAUAGACAUUUCCUUGCCAAAACUGAAAUCUCCAGAAGCUGAAAUUAAUGUUGAAGGUCCUGAUAUCAAAGGUGGAAAGUUUCACAUGCCUUCAUUAGAUAUCUCACUACCAAAAGGAGGAGCAGGAGCAGAUGUAGAUGUUAAAGGAGGAAAAUUUGAAAUGCCUAAGAUAGAUGUUUCCUUGCCAAAACUAAAAUCUCCAAGUGGUGAAAUCAACGUUGAAGGUCCUGAUAUCAAAGGUGGAAAGUUUCACAUGCCCUCUUUAGAUAUCUCACUACCAAAAGGAGGAGCAGGAGCAGAUGUAGAUGUUAAAGGAAAAGGAGGAAAAUUUGAAAUGCCUAAGAUAGAUGUUUCCUUGCCAAAACUGAAAUCUCCAAGUGGUGAAAUCAACGUUGAAGGUCCUGAUAUCAAAGGGGGAAAGUUUCACAUGCCUUCAUUAGAUAUCUCACUACCAAAAGGAGGAGCAGGAGCAGAUGUAGAUGUUAAAGGAAAAGGAGGAAAAUUUGAAAUGCCUAAGAUAGAUGUUUCCUUGCCAAAACUGAAAUCUCCGGAAGCUGAAAUUAAUGUUGAAGGUCCUGAUAUCAAAGGUGGAAAGUUUCACAUGCCCUCUUUAGAUAUCUCACUACCAAAAGGAGGAGCAGGAGCAGAUAUAGAUGUUAAAGGAAAAGGAGGAAAAUUUGAAAUGCCUAAGAUAGAUGUUUCCUUGCCAAAACUGAAAUCUCCGGAAGCUGAAAUUAAUGUUGAAGGUCCUGAUAUCAAAGGUGGAAAGUUUCACGUGCCUUCAUUAGAUAUCUCACUACCAAAAGGAGGAGCAGGAGCAGAUGUAGAUGUUAAAGGAAAAGGAGGAAAAUUUGAAAUGCCUAAGGUAGACGUUUCCUUGCCAAAACUAAAAUCUCCAAGUGGUGAAAUCAACGUUGAAGGUCCUGAUAUCAAAGGUGGAAAGUUUCACAUGCCUUCAUUAGAUAUCUCACUACCAAAAGGAGGAGCAGGAGCAGAUGUAGAUGUUAAAGGAAAAGGAGGCAAAUUUGAAAUGCCUAAGAUAGAUGUUUCCUUGCCAAAACUGAAAUCUCCGGAAGCUGAAAUUAAUGUUGAAGGUCCUGAUAUCAAAGGUGGAAAGUUUCACAUGCCUUCAUUAGAUAUCUCACUACCAAAAGGAGGAGCAGGAGCAGAUGUAGAUGUUAAAGGAGGGAAAUUUGAAAUGCCUAAGAUAGAUGUUUCCUUGCCAAAACUGAAAUCUCCAAGUGGUGAAAUCAACGUUGAAGGUCCUGAUAUCAAAGGUGGAAAGUUUCACAUGCCCUCUUUAGAUAUCUCACUACCAAAAGGAGGAGCAGGAGCAGAUGUAGAUGUUAAAGGAGGAAAAUUUGAAAUGCCUAAGAUAGAUGUUUCCUUGCCAAAACUAAAAUCUCCAAGUGGUGAAAUCAACGUUGAAGGUCCUGAUAUCAAAGGUGGAAAGUUUCACAUGCCCUCUUUAGAUAUCUCACUACCAAAAGGAGGAGCAGGAGCAGAUGUAGAUGUUAAAGGAAAAGGAGGAAAAUUUGAAAUGCCUAAGGUAGACGUUUCCUUGCCAAAACUAAAAUCUCCAAGUGGUGAAAUCAACGUUGAAGGUCCUGAUAUCAAAGGUGGAAAGUUUCACAUGCCCUCUUUAGAUAUCUCACUACCAAAAGGAGGAGCAGGAGCAGAUGUAGAUGUUAAAGGAAAAGGAGGAAAAUUUGAAAUGCCUAAGAUAGACGUUUCCUUGCCAAAAUUGAAAUCUCCGGAAGCUGAAAUUAAUGUUGAAGGUCCUGAUAUCAAAGGUGGAAAGUUUCACAUGCCCUCUUUAGAUAUCUCACUACCAAAAGGAGGAGCAGGAGCAGAUGUAGAUGUUAAAGGAAAAGGAGGAAAAUUUGAAAUGCCUAAAUUAGACGUUUCCUUACCUAAACUGAAAUCUCCAGGUGCGGAAAUCAACGUUGAAGGUCCUGAUAUCAAAGGUGGAAAGUUUCACAUGCCCUCUUUAGAUAUCUCACUACCAAAAGGAGGAGCAGGAGCAGAUGUAGAUGUUAAAGGAAAAGGAGGAAAAUUUGAAAUGCCUAAGAUAGACAUUUCCUUGCCAAAACUGAAAUCUCCAGAAGCUGAAGUUAAUGUUGAAGGUCCUGAUAUAAAAGGUGGAAAGUUUCACAUGCCUUCAUUAGAUAUCUCACUACCAAAAGGAGGAGCAGGAGCAGAUGUAGAUGUUAAAGGAGGAAAAUUUGAAAUGCCUAAGAUAGAUGUUUCCUUGCCAAAACUAAAAUCUCCAAGUGGUGAAAUCAACGUUGAAGGUCCUGAUAUCAAAGGUGGAAAGUUUCACAUGCCCUCUUUAGAUAUCUCACUACCAAAAGGAGGAGCAGGAGCAGAUGUAGAUGUUAAAGGAAAAGGAGGGAAAUUUGAAAUGCCUAAGAUAGACGUUUCCUUGCCAAAACUGAAAUCUCCGGAAGCUGAAAUUAAUGUUGAAGGUCCUGAUAUCAAAGGUGGAAAGUUUCACAUGCCCUCUUUAGAUAUCUCACUACCAAAAGGAGGAGCAGGAGCAGAUAUAGAUGUUAAAGGAAAAGGAGGGAAAUUUGAAAUGCCUAAGAUAGAUGUUUCCUUGCCAAAACUAAAAUCUCCAAGUGGUGAAAUCAACGUUGAAGGUCCUGAUAUCAAAGGUGGAAAAUUUCACAUGCCUUCGUUAGAUAUCUCACUACCAAAAGGAGGAGCAGGAGCAGAUGUAGAUGUUAAAGGAAAAGGAGGAAAAUUUGAAAUGCCUAAGAUAGAUGUUUCCUUACCUAAACUGAAAUCUCCAGGUGCGGAAAUCAACGUUGAAGGUCCUGAUAUCAAAGGUGGAAAGUUUCACAUGCCCUCUUUAGAUAUCUCACUACCAAAAGGAGGAGCAGGAGCAGAUGUAGAUGUUAAAGGAAAAGGAGGAAAAUUUGAAAUGCCUAAGGUAGACGUUUCCUUGCCAAAACUAAAAUCUCCAAGUGGUGAAAUCAACGUGGAAGGUCCUGAUAUCAAAGGUGGAAAGUUUCACAUGCCCUCUUUAGAUAUCUCACUACCAAAAGGAGGAGCAGGAGCAGAUGUAGAUGGUAAAGGAAAAGGAGGAAAAUUUGAAAUGCCUAAGAUAGACGUUUCCUUGCCAAAACUAAAAUCUCCAAGUGGUGAAAUCAACGUUGAAGGUCCUGAUAUCAAAGGUGGAAAGUUUCACAUGCCCUCUUUAGAUAUCUCACUACCAAAAGGAGGAGCAGGAGCAGAUGUAGAUGUUAAAGGAAAAGGAGGAAAAUUUGAAAUGCCUAAGAUAGACGUUUCCUUGCCAAAAUUGAAAUCUCCGGAAGCUGAAAUUAAUGUUGAAGGUCCUGAUAUCAAAGGUGGAAAGUUUCACAUGCCCUCUUUAGAUAUCUCACUACCAAAAGGAGGAGCAGGAGCAGUUGUAGAUGUUAAAGGAAAAGGAGGAAAAUUUGAAAUGCCUAAAUUAGACGUUUCCUUACCUAAACUGAAAUCUCCAGGUGCGGAAAUCAACGUUGAAGGUCCUGAUAUCAAAGGUGGAAAGUUUCACAUGCCCUCUUUAGAUAUCUCACUACCAAAAGGAGGAGCAGGAGCAGAUGUAGAUGUUAAAGGAAAAGGAGGAAAAUUUGAAAUGCCUAAGAUAGAUAUUUCCUUGCCAAAACUGAAAUCUCCAGAAGCUGAAGUUAAUGUUGAAGGUCCUGAUAUCAAAGGUGGAAAGUUUCACAUGCCUUCAUUAGAUAUCUCACUACCAAAAGGAGGAGCAGGAGCAGAUGUAGAUGUUAAAGGAGGAAAAUUUGAAAUGCCUAAGAUAGAUGUUUCCUUGCCAAAACUAAAAUCUCCAAGUGGUGAAAUCAACGUUGAAGGUCCUGAUAUCAAAGGUGGAAAGUUUCACAUGCCCUCUUUAGAUAUCUCACUACCAAAAGGAGGAGCAGGAGCAGAUGUAGAUGUUAAAGGAAAAGGAGGAAAAUUUGAAAUGCCUAAGGUAGACAUUUCCUUGCCAAAACUAAAAUCUCCAAGUGGUGAAAUCAACGUUGAAGGUCCUGAUAUCAAAGGUGGAAAGUUUCACAUGCCCUCUUUAGAUAUCUCACUACCAAAAGGAGGAGCAGGAGCAGAUGUAGAUGUUAAAGGAAAAGGAGGAAAAUUUGAAAUGCCUAAGGUAGACAUUUCCUUGCCAAAACUAAAAUCUCCAAGUGGUGAAAUCAACGUUGAAGGUCCUGAUAUCAAAGGUGGAAAGUUUCACAUGCCUUCAUUAGAUAUCUCACUACCAAAAGGAGGAGCAGGAGCAGAUGUAGAUGUUAAAGGAGGGAAAUUUGAAAUGCCUAAGAUAGACAUUUCCUUGCCAAAACUAAAAUCUCCAAGUGAUGAAAUCAACGUUGAAGGUCCUGAUAUUAAAGGUGGAAAGUUUCACAUGCCCUCUUUAGAUAUCUCACUACCAAAAGGAGGAGCAGGAGCAGAUGUAGAUGUUAAAGGAAAAGGAGGAAAAUUUGAAAUGCCUAAGAUAGAUGUUUCCUUGCCAAAACUGAAAUCUCCGGAAGCUGAAAUUAAUGUUGAAGGUCCUGAUAUCAAAGGUGGAAAGUUUCACAUGCCUUCAUUAGAUAUCUCACUACCAAAAGGAGGAGCAGGAGCAGAUGUAGAUGUUAAAGGAAAAGGAGGAAAAUUUGAAAUGCCUAAGGUAGACGUUUCCUUGCCAAAACUAAAAUCUCCAAGUGGUGAAAUCAACGUUGAAGGUCCUGAUAUCAAAGGUGGAAAGUUUCACAUGCCCUCUUUAGAUAUCUCACUACCAAAAGGAGGAGCAGGAGCAGAUGUAGAUGUUAAAGGAGGAAAAUUUGAAAUGCCUAAGAUAGAUGUUUCCUUGCCAAAACUAAAAUCUCCAAGUGGUGAAAUCAACGUUGAAGGUCCUGAUAUCAAAGGUGGAAAGUUUCACAUGCCCUCUUUAGAUAUCUCACUACCAAAAGGAGGAGCAGGAGCAGAUGUAGAUGUCAAAGGAAAAGGAGGAAAAUUUGAAAUGCCUAAGAUAGAUGUUUCUUUGCCAAAAUUGAAAUCUCCGGAAGCUGAAGUUAAUGUUGAAGGUCCUAAUAUCAAAGGUGGAAAGUUUCACAUGCCUUCAUUAGAUAUCUCACUACCAAAAGGAGGAGCAGGAGUGGAUGUAGAUGUUAAAGGAGGAAAAUUUGAAAUGCCUAAGAUAGAUGUUUCCUUGCCAAAACUAAAAUCUCCAAGUGGUGAAAUCAACGUUGAAGGUCCUGAUAUCAAAGGUGGAAAGUUUCACAUGCCCUCUUUAGAUAUCUCACUACCAAAAGGAGGAGCAGGAGCAGAUAUAGAUGUUAAAGGAAAAGGAGGAAAAUUUGAAAUGCCUAAAUUAGAUGUUUCCUUGCCAACUGUUGACAUUUCUGCUCCUAAAGUUGAUCUAGAUUUUACUCUUCCAAAGGGAAAAGGCAAUGAUAGAGAAAAUAUUGAACUUCUUAAAGCAGAGGGUGGAAGGCCAUCCUCUGGGGCAAGUUUUGAUAUUCCAGAUGUCUAUGUAAAAAUGCCCAAAAUGCUCCCUAAAUUUGGCAAAAAAUUGAAUAGCGGAGACAGUGGAUCUGCAAAUUUAGAAAUGGAAAGAAAACUGCCAUCAGUUGAUGUAGAUGGAAAAAUGAAGAAGACCAAAACCAAAAUGCCAGAUAUGGACAUGUCCUUGGAUAUACGAAACAAAGGAAAGGUCAAAAUGCCAACAGUUGAGAUAUCACUGCCAACAACAAAAAUUCCGGAAUGUGAGGUAUUGCUUCCAAAAGGUGAGGUUGAUGUAUCUGAAGCAGAUAUCAAAAGCUAUGAAGGCAGCCUAAAAAUCCCUAAGAUGCCAAAUGUUGAUAUAUCAGUCCCAAAAGUUGAUUUAGAUGUGUCCUUGCCUAGAGUAAAACUUGAUGAGUCAAUGGAUUCAACCUCCUCCGAUUUACAUAUUGAAAGUAGCAGUGGUACAGUAAAAUUUCCUCAUAUAAAAAUCCCCAAAGUAGACAUUUCAAUUCCACAUGGAAAAACAGAAGACAUUAACACAGAUGCAAACUUGCCCAAAACAAAAACCACUGACACAGAGAUAUCCACUCCAAAGAAAAUGACAUCCCCAAAAAUUCCAGAUAUUGAUUUUGACAUUGAGACCGUUCAAGUUGACACUAACAAUGAAGAUGUUAAAAGACAGGCUGCUAAAGUCAAAAUUCAAAAGUUUGGGAUACCUCUACCUUCUUUAAGUUCACCUGAAGCCAAUCUUACAUCAUCUCAGGUUAAAGGUCAUUCUGUACCAUUGGACUAUAAGGUCGAGUAUGAGAGCCCAACUAUGCCAAAAGUAAGAAAAGCUGUAUUUGUUAUGGUGACUCCAGAAACGCAGAGCGCUGAUGUUGCAGGUAGUGAAGCAAGUACAGAACUUAAAUAUGACGGGGUGAAGUUAACAAAGUUUAAAAUGAAGCCAAGUUUUAGCAAGUCUCAAUCGAAUGAAAAGGGGAAAUCCAUAAGUGGUGGUGAAGAGGAGGUAGAAACACAGAAGAAGACAAAGACUAGUAUGCUGAAGUUGCCCAAAGUCACAUUAUCACCUGGAAAGACUGGAUCUUUUGAGGUAACACCAAGUGGGUCUGAUGAUAGAACAAGCCAACCCCUAAAUGGUAACAAAGAUGACAAUACAAAGCUUGUAAAGCUUAAAUUUCCCAAAGUGGAGUUUUUUUCACCAUACACAGGUGAGAAAGAAAAGAUGGAAACAGCUACGAAACUGAGGAAAGAGGAUGGCAAAGAGAGCAAAUCUGGCAAAACGUUGUUCCCGGGUGUCAAGAAGAAAACAGGAAAGGAUGAGGAUGAGCUGAGGGAGGGUGGUGUUUUAGUAUACUCAAAAGCAAGGACUGAAAUGCUGGAAGAGCAUGAGAGAUGUGAAGAGAGAGAGGAAACAACAUGGUUUAAAGUACCUAAAGUCACCCUUAGCCCUCAUUCAACUGGCUUGCUUCACGUCACUCCGGAUGAGUCGCCAAAGGGAAGCAAGACCUCAUUGUCAUGCUCUGGUGAAGAAGCCAUUGGAGGUUUUUAUGUGAAAAUGCCAAGUGUAGAGUUUUCAACACAUGAAAUGUCCUCAGAGCAACUGGUUACUGAAACAACUGUAGUGACUAAGACGACAACGUAUACAGAGACAAAAAGUAGCAGCACAAAAUUGUAGGCAUCUUAUACAAUGGAACAGGUAGCAGAAUAAUAUAUUUUUAUAUGUGACUAUAUUCUUCAGUAAUGCUUGAUGUUUUUAUUCAUUUUAAAGCAAAGUUUUCUCAAGCUUUAGAAGGAACAAAAUAAUAUAUGCAUAAUGAAAAUGUUGCUACCAAAGAAUAUUAUUUCUCAUUUUCAUGUUUUGUAACUUUCUGCCCUGUAGGACGCUUUAAAUAUAUUUGUAAAGAUUACAUUUACAGAUGUAAUGUAAAUGUAAUAUUUGUAAAGAUAUUUCUUAUUUAUCCACACACACAAAUAUAUAUAUAUAUAUAUACACAUCUAUUAGAUCUAUUACACUAUUUUUUGCUGCUUGGGUUGUUUGUUUUAAUGACAUUUAAAGAUAGAUAUUUAUAAGAUAGGUAUUGUUUAUUUUACAUACUACUAUAUACUAUUUUCCCCAUAUUUAUAUGCAUGACCUGUACAGAUUAUCUGUGAUGCUGAGAUUGUAUUGACUUUUGAGAUUUCCUUAUCCAUAAUGUUUUGAAUGUGAUCUAAAUGUCUCUAUUCAGGGGGAGGGUGCAGAAUUUUUACAUCGCAAACAUUGGGUCUGUAAUGUUUUUCUUGUUUAAAUAAACUCUAGUUGGUAAUGGAAGAAGUGUUAAAUGCCUGCAGUAUUAUUGUAUUUGUAUAAUUAAUUUUCAGAUUUAGUACUGAAUUGCAUGUUUGUAAUGUUUGUGUUGUUUGUGUUAUAAAACACAAUUUGCUAAAGCAACAAUAAAAUAUUCAAAUAAAAUAUUAAACUUCUUA